AUGUCCGGCCCUUACGAUCAGUACAACCAAGGCUACCAGCAAUACCCGCCUCAAGGCCAAUACCCUCCCCAACAACAAGGAUGGGAACAGGGCGGCUACCAGCAGCAGGGCUACCCACCUCAGCAACAAGGCCAGGGCUACUACGACCAGCAACAGCAGGGCUACCAACAGCAGGGCUAUAACCAGCAGUACGGUGCCCCGGCUCACGGUGGAUUCCAGCAUGGACAACAAGUAGCGCCGUAUGACCAGCAACAGCAGGGAUACGGUCAGCAACAGCAGUACCCUUCACAAGGCCAAUACCCUGGCCAGGCCCCAGCGCAGCAGUUCCCGCAACAAGGCGCAUACGCUCAAGACCAGUACCCGCAAGGCCAGAAUGCUUACGGCCAGCCGCAACAAGGACAAUACGGCGCCACAGACCCCAACAUGCAAGCUGAAGGCGACCGGGGCCUUAUGGGUGCUCUAGGUGGCGGUGCAGCUGGUUACUUCGGCGGUAACAAGCUGGGCGGCCACGGCAUUAUUGGAGCCAUAGCAGGCUCGAUCCUCGGCAGCAAGCUCGAGGACAAGCACAAGAAGCCCAAGCACAGCAACAAUGGAUGGUAA